UGAGAGCUUCUUUCACGCGUCUUCCUAGAUCGCAUAAAAGACAAGGUGCGCCCGUAGCACUUUGUUCCUGAUCCGCGAGCCUCCACAUCUUCUCGAGGGCUUCCUCCACUGCGACCAUCCGUAUAGCGCGACAUCGCCCAGACGCAUAUCUUCUACUUUCAGCCCCAGCGCGCAAAGCUACAAGCGCCGUAAUAUCAUCCCGUUGCGACCGCGAUGGCGCUCUUUGGCAGCUCGGCGCCCGCCGCUACCUCCACCACCGGUGAUAUCAGCAAGGAUGUCGAAGUCAAGGAUGGUAUGCCUACAGACAGUAUCUCUGACCUGAGCUUCUCGCCCACGCACGAUUUCCUCGCAAUGACUUCCUGGGACAAGAGCAUCACCAUCUACGAAGUGAACAACAAUGGCGCCCAGGGAAAGUGGAAGGGAACGUGCAAGACGCAGCAAGGAAAGGAAGAAAUCCCGCUUUGUCUGGCAUGGUCGAAUGAUGGCACAAAGAUCGCAGCCGGUGGAGCAGACGGUACCAUUUUCUAUUACGACCUCGCAUCCGCAAAUCCCGGCGAACUCAACCCCACUGCCACCUGGCAACCGCAUUCACUCGGCAUAAAGGGAAUCCGUUGGUUCACAUAUCAAGGCAAGCAGGUUCUGAUCACCGGUUCAUGGGACAAGACAGUCAAAUACUUCGAUCUGAGCGCAGCAGACCCCACGCAGCCCAUGGGCGUACUGCAGACCCAGGAGCGCGUCUACAGUAUGGACGUCAAGAAUAACCAAUUGCUUGUGAUUGCGACCGCUGAGCGCCACAUCCACAUCGUCAACCUACAAGAUCCGGCUAAGAUCCACAAAACCAUCUCAAGUCCGCUGAAGUGGCAGACUCGGGUGGUGAGCUGCUUCAGUGACGCCUCUGGCUUCGCUGUGGGCUCGAUCGAGGGCCGAUGCGCGAUUCAGUAUGUCGACGACAGCAACACCAGCCUCAAUUUCUCCUUUAAGUGUCACCGCCAGCAAGACCCCUCCAACCGCGACAUUGCACGCGUCUACUCAGUCAACGCCAUCUCCUUCCACCCCCAGCACGGUACCUUCAGCACCGCGGGCUCGGACGGCACCUUUCACUUCUGGGACAAGGACGCCAAGCACCGCCUCAAGGGCUACCCUGAUGUCGGCGGCUCCAUCACCGCCACUGCCUUCAAUAAGGACGGUAACAUCUUCGCGUACGCCGUCAGCUAUGACUGGAGCAAGGGCUACGCUGCGUCCGUGCCCGGCCAGAAGCUGCAGGUCAAGCUGCACCCCAUCAUAGGUGAUGAGUGCAAGCCCCGGCCCGGCAGCAAGAAGCGGUAAAGAGUCUUAGCGGAGGCGGAGCGUUGUAGGGGGAAAAGGUAUUUCAGAAAGAAGAUCUGUUUUUGAAGAAUACAAGAGAUGGAGGGACAGAUGAAAUGUGUUGACUCUGCAUUAGCGGGCGAGGGGUUCUUUUGGCGUUCAUUGUUCGUGUGUUCACGUUUCGGAUCUUUGAUCCUGCCUAAGGGCUGGACGGGACGGGCUGGGCCGGAUUAUCUAGGUAGCAAUGACAUGAAUUGGGAUC